GAAUGCAGUUGUACUACUGUGUGUUGGUCGAAUUUUUCACAUUUUAUUUAAUUUUUAAUACAAAAUCGAUGUUUACGACCUAUAUUUUGCCUUUAAAACCGUUUACCCAAUAAAUCAAUGAGUAGUUUCAAAACCCACCGGCCGAACGAAGAUGACAUGCUUACGCCUCCGUCAUCAGACGAGAAAAUGGACACCGGAUCUGAGUCCUUCAAGUCCCAAGACACCUCCAACUCCCUCUCGGACGAGGACCGAGACCACGAGAGCGUGCUCCGACUCCAGAACCCAGAAUCUGAAGUCUUGAGAUUCACAGAACCUGAGACCAACCACAAUCUCAAGACUCCACUUUCCAAAUUCAAGCAGGAUCUCAAUGAUAGUCUUAUUUCAAAAAUGUCCACACUAAAUAUAAAUUCUCCCAAAUUGGAAAACAGGCCACAAAAUCUUGGCAUCAGUCCACCAAGGUUCAGUUCUACACUGACCUUAACAACUAACCAUCCCUUAAUGACAUUGGGAAGUCCCGACGACAAUCCUGAUGUUAUACCUAAAAAGCACAAACUGGACGAAGAAAAAGACCUAAGUCUUUCCAGCAUAGAAGACGACAGACACAACGAAAGUAAUGGUUACAUGUUCAGUCCAGUGCGGAAUAAUUCGAAGAACAAUUUAUACUUUUCUGAGAACUUCGUGACAGCUGACAGCCAGGUUUUAGGCGAUAGUAGGAUAGACCAGCCUGACGUGACGAGGGUUACAGAAAAGAAGGUGGAGAGAAAGAAGAUAAUGCCAAGAUUGAGCGACAAAGAAGAAACCCCUCCGAGGAAUGAGAGAAUCGUAGAUGGGAGAGACGAUAGUGCCAUAUCGAAGUUUCUGGAUAGAAAUAAGCUGGUGAGCCAGAGCACGCCCAAAGCUAGCUUUGGGAUAGAUAUUCCUGAAUCGGACGAGUUUCAUUCUGGGGUGGCAGAUUGGUGCGAGUCCCCGUCACAGCUCCGCAGGAUGCCCAAUUUUGAGCUGCCCAUUGAGAUGUCAAGCACCAUCGGCUUACACAACGACUCCCCAGAACCAGUGUCCACUUCAACGCAAGAAGACCGCUCGGCAUACCAAGCGCUGUUGGAUCCCUACACCGGCUGCGUCGCGCUCCGACACACGGCGGCGCGGAGCCCACACAGCGCGCUACGAAGGCGGGUGCAGAUUCAUUUGUUACUAUGGCACCAAAGCUGUAGCCGACACACGGCGGCGCGGAGCCCACACAGCGCGCUACGAAGACGCGUGCAGAUUCCAGUGGAAGACGACCGCUGCAGCCUGGACAGCGUCAGCGCCUGUUCCAUGGAGUCAGAGGAUGAACCGCCCCCGCUGGGGCCCCACGUGCCGCCGGGGCCCCAGGAACCGGAGGCGCCGCUUAGCGAUGACGAAGACACUGCAAGAUCCAAAUCAACCAACACAGGCAGCUCCUGCAGCGACCCGAUACCAGAAUACUCGGCCGCUGAAGAGAUGAACAACGAGCGAUCUUGGCUCAGUGUGCCCCGGGGAGACUCCCAUGUCACUUGUGAUAUGAAGGUGAUCGAGCCGUACAAGCGGGUAGUCUCGCACGGCGGCUACGACGCGGCGGGCGCGGCCGUGAUCGUGUUCAGCGCGUGCCACCUGCCCGACGGAGCGCGGCCGGACUACAGAUACGUGAUGGACAAUUUGUUCCUCUACGUAAUCUGGACGCUGGAGCGACUCGUGACAGACGACUACGUGCUAGUGUAUCUCCAUGGCAGCGCAGGCGCGAGACGAAUGCCUACCUUCCACUGGCUCCACGAGUGUUAUAAACUCAUAGACCGGCGGUAA